AUGAACGGGCACGAUCGCGUCGACGCCAACAGACUGAACCGCGCUCGCGCAAUGACCCUCGGUUCCUGGGUCAUCAACUUUGCCUGCCAGAUGUAUGGCAUGCUCACGUCCCCUAAUAUGAAGGAAGUUGCCGAUGAUAAUCAUUACGCCUUUUCGCCCAAUCCCUGGUUCAUCGGGGCCUUCUUUUCGAUGCAGACUGUUCUGCAACUUUGGUGGAUAUACCUCCUGUUCAAGCAUUCGCAGGAAACUGCAGGACGUUUGGAUGCGCUGGGAUAUGCCCCAGUGUAUGCCAUAGGCAAUAUAUGCAUCGGCACGUCCACCCACAGUCACCUUCUUCUCCCCCUUGCUCAUACCUUGACAGCCGCAUGGAUGAUCUUCUGGAUCAACCAGAUGUUCUGGCCAGCACAAGCGUUGGUUACGAUUAACUCGUUCAUCCAGUUAUGGGCGAUGACCCGUCUACCGUUCAUUACGCGCCUCAACCUCUCUACGCACCUUGUUGCAAAAACAUUCGCCGGCAUUGGCGUGCUUGACUUCCUCGAUAACGGUGCUGUCGCAUUGAGGUACAGCGGCCCUCCAGGUCAGGUAGUGAAGGCAAUCGUCGGUGUUGUCUUCGGCAUUGCGUCGUUGACGCAAGAUCCGAUUUUUGGAGCAUGCUUGGUUUACGACCUUCUGGGCAUGUAUGUCGGACAAUCUGGAACAUGGGGCGCUACGCUGAUGUGGAUGGUGGUUGCAAUCGGCGCCGUCGUUGCUGUAAAAACUGUAGUCUUCCGCAUCUUCUAGAGUACAUUGACAAUCUUGUGAUCUUGAGUUUGUAAUAUAUAGUACCGCCAAUUGACGUAUAUGUCAC